CCCGCCUGACCGGCCUCCCUCCAUUACCUAUUAACUCUGACAACCCCCCUCCCUCUUUCUUACACCAUCUCCCGUGGUCCACCCAACCUCCGCCAGCCAGCUAGCCAGCCAGGCCUGCCGGGAUUAGCUUAAACAGCUAUCCUACCACCACGCGCGAGCCUUGACUGUGUCGACGACUUGUUUCGAUUCGAUUUUAUAUCGAAACGAAGUCCUUUUCUGCUUCGAUCCGCAACUGCUGCGGCAGAAAAGUCUCUGGCAACCCUUACAGUCCUUACGUAUCCGAAUCGGGCAGCGCCGCAAAACCCUGGCCGGUCGCAAAGCUCCCCCGCAAACCUGGCUCGUGCCCAAGUAGCUGUCAGGGCGUUCUUGCGACUGCAGACGCUGUUUCCUUGCUGAUUGUCCAUUCUUUAUGGACUCAUCAUGAUCUCCAUGCAGCGCUCACUUUCGUCUCCGGUCUGCGUCCAUCCAGCCCCUCCUGUACCGACGACCGCAGCGAACCCUUCGAGACCUCCGACUCCGUCUCACGAUGCGCUCGUUGUUACGUCACAGCCACGCCGGCAUCGAUCGCGAAGUCCUGUGCAUUCUGCCCCGCCCCCCGAACCUGCUGGCCCAGCCUCAGAGCUGACCAGCGAUCAGCCCGACAACGAUCACCGAGUCCACGAUGACAAUGCCGUGAAACAGGACUCAGGCACAAGUGUGUCCAAAAAACCGCUUGUAGCUCAAGCUUCGACUCAACCGAGUGCUGCUCCCCCCAAUGAACGCACGAGUACAUCUUCGAGUACCCCUCAUUCUGCUCUCAAGGACGCUCUUAACGAUACGCUCAAGGACACCCUCAAAGACGAUGACUCCCCUCGCACACUUCCGCAGCCGCUCUUGGGCGAUGUAUCACAGUAUACACAUAAUUACGUUACCGUUGAGGAUGAUGGGACUACCCUUCAGGAACUGGCCCAUUUAGUUCGACUCUCUAAAUACCAAGAGCGCAAGCGCGCUCAUACGCGUGUUCGUCUUCAAAGAAGUCUAAUCUCAACUGCUCUGUCUGCGCGCCUGACCCGCUGUGGCGAAACCACGCAGCGGAAUCUGGCCGAUCUUUUUCGAUCUGGAGACACCCAUAUGUUUGCUAAGGUAUAUGAUGCUGUUCAGGAUGUUCGUAACAGCUGCGAUGCCACCCGUCGCUACGCUCUUUUGGAACCAGACAUGGAGCCUCUCCAGUCGCUGGGCAUGGCAUCGUCCGAGACACUGGACAAUCCACCUAGUGUCGCAGGGAGUAUCAGCAACAGUCCUGUUACGCCCUUUCUCGCUGACCUCGACAAUUCAUCUAGAGAGAUAAUUCUGCAUUUUCUAGCCCAAAUACGCACGAACCCAGACUACUUGGCAUCCCGAUUGUGCGCCCUUAGCGUGACCGAACUCCAGGCUCUCACUGUAUUCCAUGUUGGAUUGGAUCCCAUAGAAUCUGUUCUGCCGUUUGGUAACACGCAAUCUAGCGGGCGCGGAAGUACCAGCGCUGCGAAUAAGAGCUCUGCUAGUGCUGUUGAGCGGCUUCUAUCAUUUCAGCGCCACGACCCCUUAUCUGCACUCAUUUACACUUGCUUCGCCAAUUCUGCUGGACCAGACAGUGCUGAAGAUAAGCGAAGAACCCAGGUAUGGGCCACUGCCUGCUCCCGUCUGAUCCAGGCCGCUCCCGUUGAGUAUGAAAACGUCCUCGUGGCUAUAGUCAAUGUUUGGUCCGCUAUGCGUGAUUGGUCCGGACGAUCCAGUAUGGAGUGGUUUAUCAUGAAAGUCUUGAAAGAUGGGGCUUUCCUCCUAGACAGGGCCGACGAUCCUCAAGGCAACAGAUUCCACGAUAUCGGAGAUUGGACUACCAAGGAUACAAUCAGGAUCGAAGAAUUCUAUGAUCAGGUCUUGAAUGAACUAUUUGACCUCCUUGAUGAUGAGGAUGGCACUGGUAUUCCCGAAGGUGUUUUGGAACUAGGAAAUGAGAUCUUACGCCACCUACAAAACAUCGCCCCGUCCAAGGUCGACUCUACGCGACAUUGGUUUGUAUACAAAUGGAUAUUUUCCAACUGGCUGACGGCAGUCCUAAUCCAUCCCGAGAACUUUGGAAUGAUGGCCGAGUACAAUAUUACCGAAUAUGGCUGCCAAAGGAUACUCAAGAACGUCGCGCUCAAAGCCCGGGACUUGGUUAAUGAUAUGCUAGUGCCUCACCAUUUAGGACAGCCCGUGUCUACCCCUUUGAAGAUCAAGAAGCACAUCGAGAAUCUAGUAGGUCGGUUCAAGCCGUCGAGGAGCCCAAAGACGGCGAGGCUACUUCCUGCCAGAUCCAUCACUUCCUUGCGAGAGACGGCCGAGGUGCACCCCUACCUCGUUGUGAGCCCCGCUGAUCUCGUUACUCUUGUCAAUGUCCUUUUCCCAGAACGUCGGCCUCAGUCUGCUCACUCAAGCAGCGCUCGGUCUGCCGCGCCAUCCAUAUCAGGCUUCUCGGCCAUCUCUCAGCCGAUUUCCGUAGCAACAUCCAGACGUGAUAUGGAUACAACGUCUAUCCUAGGAAUGAGUGUCUCGCCUGUACGUAGCGAAACUACGUCUUAUGAGCCUUUGCUUGAACAAGCUUUGGGUACACCACAACGGUAUUCACCCCCCUUUUCGGAUGCGCCUUCCCGACCACCGAACAGUUAUGAAGAAGAUGGCCCAAAGCUCCGCGCUGCCAUACGUGAAAUGGCUCAGGUCCUCGGCGCCGAUGCUGUGGCUGGCUCAUGUCACCCAUGUGCCGAGAGGUGGGCGGUUCUUUUCGUGUCUGCCGAUGGAGAAAAACUUUCUUUACAGAUGACUUACGACCCGGAUGACGACGAAGAUGAGGAAAUCUCGUCUGCAGCUAGUGAAGAUGACGAGCUAGAGGAAAAGUCCGUGCUCAGCAAAGAUUAUCAUCAACUCCGCGACUCUGUCUUGAGGCUUGUAGAAGACUUCGAAAUACCCCGAAAUAUCGAGGAUGGUGAUAAAAACACGACAUUUAGCAACCGCGCAUCAAGACUGAAGAAAUACCGGUCUAAGAAUAAGAUCAUUACCCCGGAGAAAAACAUCAGCAUGAACAGCCGGAACCCGUACCGAAAACGUGAAGAAAAUACUAAUGACUCGGGGGAUCAUUCAGUGUUAAUUGCAAUGUUAACGGCCGCAUCCUCGCAGUCAGGAAUCCAAUCGGACUUUGUAGCAGCGCAUAUGUAUUGGAAGACUCUCCAGCAGCUGAAUGCUCUGGUAUCUCCUUCGCUCCGGAAAAAUGGUUUCGCAUCUUUACUCAACAUAUUCUCGCGCGGUCCUCGGGAUUCACUGCAUCAGUCUGCAUCAGCCAUUGAAGAGUACGACGCCUGGCUUAUCUGGUUAAAGCAAAGCCAGGAAAGACAUGAAGGUUUGAUCGAUACUAUGAUGACCCGCCUCAAAGCCCUUCGAGACAAGAUGUGGUAUGUAACAGAGGUUCGGAACUCUGAAGUCUACGUCCAUGCCCGCACCCUUUGCAGUGCCCUCAAGAUUAUGGGCGUGCCCCGCAUGCCAGGUUCCUUCCAAGAAAGCCGCGCCCAGCUCGCGCGCAACCCUACACUGAAUUUCAUUCACAAGGCAGAAUCACAGAUGCUUAGUCUUCUCGCCGCUAGAGAGGAUCAAGGAGGGCCUAACAAGCUCACGGAUGAUCAGGUAGAGAAGACGAAGAAGUGGCUGCAGCAAUCAAAUGUGAAAAAUCUGUGUGCGGGCGAAGAACGAAUCCACCGCCUCUGUUGCGAGAUCGAUAACUGUGUGGCCAGAUUAGUUGGCGACAGCGUGACAGCAAACCCUGUUCUUUGGUCCAGCGCUUUAUACAUGCGAGAUCGGAAAACAUUUGAUGGCCCUCCCCGCCGUGGCCGGGAUCGUGAGAGCAGCUAUGGAGCCGAUGAUGCUAUGAGCGUCAUUAGCAGCGAGUAUAACCGAAGAUGGACACCGUCUGCCAAUCGCCCUAGUUCGGUGUUGCGCAACAUGUCCAUGCAUAAUAGGAGUCAGAUUUCCAUCGACUCGGGUCGCCAUAGUCUGUCUCGAGCUAGCACAGCUGCGCUGGAUAUGUUAGACUCCCGUGAAUAUCACUACGGCCAUUCAUCACCAUCAAUCGAUUCCGCCACAACCUUCUUUUCCCCUUUCAACUCAACUAUGUCAGCCAGCAGCUCGGCAACCUCUCGUGCACAGUCCCCUACUGGGAGCCGGUCCGGCCUACCAGGCUUGUUUUCCCAUCCUUAUCAACAGUCGCUACCUUCAACUGCCUCACUAACACAACCCGACACAACGGCCUCGUCUACUGAGACUGUCCAGCAACAACGCCUUUCGGAAGAAAAGCACCGUUUCUUGUCGGACCUUCGCCAAACACUGCUAAGUCUCCUAUUAUCUGAUCUGGGCAACUUCCUUUACGCCUACGGCUCGGAAACAGAUGUAUGGUUUAACGACUUGGGUCAAGAGUGCCUAGAGCUUAGAUCGGCAGAGCAUGAAGUUCGCGGGCCAGCGACUCAAGAAGCAAACACUGGACCCUCGAGGCAGCGGGCCCUCGAGAAGAAAAAGAGCUCCAUCAAUUUACGUGAAAUUGGAGACUCCCAAGUUGGACAAGCAAUACACAGACGCGAUAGCCCAUCUGUACGGAACUACAGCAGCACAGGGGCUAAUGAGAAGGCCUCGGCUAGUGUCUCUUCAUCGGCUCUCAAAGACACGGCUUCUUUUCCAUACAGGAAAGCAUACCAGAGACUUUUGAGGAUGUUCUCUAUCCACCCCAACCCAUAUACCAAACUAAACAUCCUGUACGAGCUUGAACAGCUUAUCAGCGCUUCUCUGUCUUCGGGUGGUCGUCGCUCACGCUUGGCUCCACGAAAUCAGCCGAACUCCAAUGACGACCAAGGAGCAUCUGCAAAACAAGAGCAGGGUGAUAAGGACCGUCGUCCUGCUAUACACGCCGGACCGUCAGCAUCGGGCCUUGGCAUACGGAGUGCCUCAGACGUUGAAACACGAUCGAUCGCUCCUAUCAACAAAGGACACCAAGAUUCACUACGCACAGUUUUGCAGUCUCUACUCCGCGAUAUAGACAUUCGCCCCAAGACGUUAUUCCGUGAUUUACAAUUUAUCAGUGCCUUUGUACCUUCUUCUGUUCUUGACCUCGAUCGGAACGAUGCAUAUUUUGAUACGGUAGUGGCAGCCAUGUCACUCAAGAAAGAAGUCGUUUCGACCAUGGUUGAGGUGGCCGAUGGGAUAGUAGCCGCCUCCCGCAAGUCAAGCACAGGCAGUAGUUAUGGGAUGGGCAGCAUGGGUAGCAUGCUGGACCCCAUGUUCACGAAGAGCUCUCUGCAUGACGCCGCCAGGAUGUUGACGAUCGCGGCCAAGGAGAACGAUCCGACGGCGCAGCGUGAACUGGGCCUACUCCAGCUAUCCAACCCUGAGCUCGUCGCUCGGACCACCCUCCCACUGUCCAAACCGCGCGAUGUAUUUAAACAGUUGCCCGCUAUGGAAACCUCGGGUAGUACCCGGCCUGGAAGUAGCAUGCGGCAUCAUCAGGGAGACCGCGGCGCUAGAACUGGACUGGGUCUAGUGGGUUCUUCGUCGUCAAUGCCUGGUGGUGGCGGCAGCGCGGAUCCUACUGGUAUUAAUGGGGAUGUUAGGAGCGAUCCUGCGCUCAUGUGUGUUGCGCUGCACUGGAUGGAGACGGCGCAAGAAGGCGGCGAUGAACUUGCGAGGAAUUUCAUGAGUCAGAGCAGAGAGAUUUAAGUUAUGUGGUGCUACGUUUCGAGGGUGAAGAUUUUGCAUGUUCACGGUCCUAUUAGGGACUAUUUUUUCUCCCCAUUGCAUAUAUCAAGGUACAGGAUUGGGUAAAGGAGCCUAGCAUAUACAUAAGGAAUCCGGCAGGGCAGGGCAUUUCUGGUUGUAUGGGAUGGGAUGUUAUGGAAUCCCUGUUGUUUUGAAAGGUUUUGUAUUGUUGGUUUUCACUUUAUUUUCUGAUACCCCUAUAUAGUUCGCUCUUCUCUCUUCUAUAUUCUCUUUGAGG